AUGUCCUGGCUCAAGAAGUUUCUGCCAGUUGCGGAGGAGGCUCCCCGGGGAUUUGGAGCUGGAUUCGGGUUUCAAGUCCUAAAGAAUACCAGCCCCAUGUUAGAAAUAGAGCCCUGGUUCGAUUACAUCUGCGGUAUCAAUGGUCGACCAAUCGUCAGUACAUUCCGCCCCGUCCCCAUCUGUCACCAGACCUAGAGCUAACCUCCCCCUCCUCCCCGACAGGAAGACGGGAACGCCAUGCUCUUCAAGCAAGAGGUCGGAAACUGCGCGGGUCGGGACGUAACCCUCCGCGUAUGGAGUGCCAAGGGCCAGCGCACCCGGGACAUAAGCAUCCCCCUCCCGCCCGAUGCUACAGGCCUGGGCCUAACCCUACAAUGGGCCUCCCUCGCCGCAUCCGAGGACGUCUGGCACAUUCUGGAUGUAGCGCCCAAUUCCCCGGCCGACCACGCGGGCCUGCUCCCCUACGGGGACUACAUCAUCGGCACGCCGGAAGGCGCCGUGCGCGGGGAGUCUGCCCUGGGCGAGCUUGUGGAGGACUUCAUCGAGCGUCCGCUGAGGCUGUACGUGUACAAUCAUGAGUACGACGUCGUGCGCGAGCUGACUAUCACCCCGCGGAGGAACUGGGGCGGGGAGGGCGCCCUGGGUUGCGUUUUGGGGUUCGGUGCACUGCAUCGUGUUCCGCCGCCGCUGACGGAGCCACCAAACGCGCCUGGGGAGACGCUGUUUGAUUCUGCCAGCGGUGUGUCGUCGGAAGCACACCCACCGGUGGAUCAACAGAACUUUAUCACCCCCGCCAGUAUGCACCCCGCCCUUACGCGAACUCCACCUCCGGCUCCUAGGUUCAGAACGCAGUCCCCCGUUGGCGGGCAGUACCCACCGCAGCCGCCGAAAUCGGGCUCUAUCAGGCAUAACAAGCCCAGACACCACGGGCACCACAUGAACCCCUCUGCCAUGGACGCCUUCAUGCGCGAGGAAGAGCAGAAGAGCAGGGAAUUGGACUACUCUGGGUCUGGCAGGAAUUCCCCGGUUGCGGGGCCACCGCCACCUCCGCCGAGGGGUGGCCCGCCGCCGAGAAGGGUGGGAACACCGUUGGCACAUGGGACAGAAUUAACUUGA